CAUCACAACAAAAAUAAUGUCAUUUUCACAACAAGGGCCUAGAUCAAUAUGUAUUUUAUCGGCAAAUGGCGUCGUCUCCACUGUAACUCUCCGUCAGCCAUCAACUUCUGGUGGCACUGUUACAUAUGAGGGACGAUUUGAGAUAUUAUGUCUAUCGGGCUCUUUCUUGGUCGAUGAUAGUGGUGGAUCUCGGGGUAGGAUUGGUAGCCUAAGUGUUUCUCUUGCUAGUCCAGAUGGUCGCGUGAUAGGUGGUGGAGUUGGAGGUGUUCUAAUUGCAGCAAGUCCAAUUCAGGUAAUAGUGGGAAGCUUCUUAUGCUCAAGUUCAAAGGCAAAGAAAAGAGCUGCAGAAAGUGUACAGAGUGCAGGAACUUCAGAUGUUCAGACCACUGACAAUUCCGUAAAUCCACCUGAUGCUCUUUCGAACCAGAAUCUCACACCAUCCUCUUCAAUGGGAAUAUGGCCUAGUUCAAGGCAGAUGGAUCUACAAACUGGCCAUAUUGACAUUGAUUUGAUGCGAGGAUGACUACGUCAAAUUGUAGGUAGACGAGUGAGCACUGUAUAUAUUGUGUUCUGAUUUCUCCAGUCCUACCAUCUUGACACGAGACAUGUUCUUGUAACCAUCAGCAAGCCAUCUUAGAUUGUAGUGAUAUAGGAGCCUUUUGCAGUUUAACAUGUAUCUGCUUUUCUACUCUAGUAGUUCAAUUCAUGCUGGAGGCUUUAGUUAGCGCGCGGAACAUGUUAUAUGGACCAUAUUGUUGUUUGUCUUCUA